UUGCCGUUUUUCCUUUUAGGGACACUUUGGACAGUAUUGUGGAAGAGAGCCAGGGGCUUUCUUGGCCGUUUGCCAUGUAACAAUGCCUCCUCCAUCUGUAGACAUAAGGAGUUAUUAAAAUAUCCCUAGCAUCUGUAUUAAUAAAAAGCUGAGGACUUGCUGAAACAGCUAACUGGACUUUUUACAAUGGGCUAUCAAGAUACAGAUUGCAGAUGUCAUCAGUUGAGGCAGCGACAAUGUUCACAUUUGAGCUCCCAGGCUCGUGAGGGUGGCCGGCGCCCCAAGAUCCGUCCCGAAGAAGCCAUGGCAAAAUCCAAGGGCCGUCUGUACCUCUGGAUGUGCUUGGCUGCAGCGCUGGCAUCUUUCCUGGCAGGAUUUAUGGUGGGUUGGUUUAUUAAGCCUCUCAAAGAAACAGCCACUUCAGAACGCUAUCAUCAAAGUAUACGUUGGAAGCUGGUAUCAGAAAUGAAAGCUGAAAAUAUUAGGUCAUUUCUUCGUUCAUUUACAGAGCUCCCUCAUCUGUCAGGAACAGAACAAAAUUUGCUGCUUGCCAAGAAAAUCCAAACCCAGUGGAAGAACUUUGGAGUGGACUCAGCCGAGCUGGUUCAUUAUGAUGUUCUCCUGUCUUAUCCUAAUGAGACAAAUGCCAACUAUAUAUCAAUUGUGGAUGAACAUGGAAUUGAGACUUUCAAAACAUCAUACUUUGAGUUGACGCCAGAUGGGUAUGAGAAUGUUACAGAUAUUGUACCACCAUAUAAUGCUUUCUCGCCCCAAGGCACGCCAGAGGGAGAACUUAUAUAUGUGAACUAUGCUCGUACUGAAGACUUUUUCAAACUAGAAAGAGAGAUGAACAUAAACUGCACUGGAAAAAUUGUUAUUGCAAGAUAUGGGAAAAUUUUCAGAGGAAAUAAAGUUAAAAAUGCCAUGUCAGCAGGAGCCAUAGGAAUCAUCUUGUAUUCAGAUCCAGCUGAUUAUUCUGCCCCUGGGGUGCAACCAUAUCCCAACGGAUGGAACAUUCCUGGAACUGCAGCCCAGAGAGGGAAUGUGUUAAACUUGAAUGGUGCUGGGGAUCCGCUCACUCCAGGCUAUCCAGCUAAAGAGUACACCUUCCGCCUUGAUGUUGGAGAAGGAGUGGGAAUUCCCCAAAUCCCUGUACAUCCCAUUGGCUAUAAUGAUGCAGAAAUUUUAUUACGCAAUAUGGGAGGAACUGCUCCACCAGAUGACAGCUGGAAGGGAAGUCUUAAUGUGAGUUACAGUAUCGGGCCUGGCUUUACAGGGAGUGAUUCUUUCAGGAAGGUUAGAAUGCAUGUCCAUAACACCAAUAAAAUUACAAGGAUUUACAAUGUAAUUGGAACUAUCAAAGGAUCUGUGGAACCUGACAGGUAUGUUAUUCUGGGAGGUCAGCGGGAUUCCUGGGUAUUUGGAGGCAUUGAUCCAGCCACUGGAGCUGCUGUAUUGCAAGAAAUUGUCCAGAGUUUUGGAAAACUGAUGAGUACAGGCUGGAGACCUAGGAGAACUAUCAUUUUUGCCAGUUGGGAUGCAGAAGAAUUUGGACUUCUGGGUUCAACAGAAUGGGUAGAGGAGAAUGCAAAAACACUCCAGGAGAGAAGUGUUGCUUAUAUCAACUCAGAUUCAUCUAUAGAAGGCAAUUAUACUCUCAGGGUUGACUCUACACCCCUUCUAUACCAGUUGGUGUAUAGACUAGCAAAAGAGAUCUCCAGCCCUGAUGAUGGUUUUGAGACUAAAUCUCUUUAUGAAAGCUGGUUGGAAAAGGACCCUUCACCUGAAAAUAAAAAUUUCCCUAGAGUCAACAAGCUGGGAUCCGGAAGUGAUUUUGAAGCCUUUUUCCAGAGACUGGGAAUUGCUGCAGGCAGAGCCCGAUACACUAAGAAUAGGAAAACAGAUAAGUACAGUAGCUACCCAGUAUACCAUACAGUCUACGAGACAUUUGAAUUGGUAGAAAGAUUUUAUGACCCCACAUUUAAAAAACAGCUUUCUGUUGCCCAAAUACGAGGGGCAUUGAUAUAUGAGCUUGCAGACUCAAAAAUCAUUCCUUUCAAUAUUGAAGACUACUCAAAAGCUUUGAAAAACUAUGCAACAAGUAUCUACAAUUUAGCCAAGAAACGUGACAGACAACUGAGAGAUUAUGGCGUGUCAUUUGAUUCCUUAUUUUCUGCUGUGAAAAACUUCUCAGAGGCUGCUUCAGAUUUUCAUAAAAGACUUACACAAGUUGAUCUUAAUAAUCCCAUUUCAGUGAGAAUCAUGAAUGACCAACUGAUGCUUCUCGAAAGAGCAUUCAUCGAUCCCCUUGGUUUACCCGGGAGGCCAUUCUAUAGGCACAUCAUCUUUGCUCCAAGUAGCCACAACAAAUAUGCUGGAGAAUCAUUUCCUGGUAUCUAUGAUGCUAUGUUUGAUAUUGAAAAUAAAGCAGACCUUCAUGCAGCCUGGACAGAAGUAAAGAAACACAUUUCUGUUGCAGCCUUUACAAUUCAAGCAGCAGCAGGGACUCUGAAAGAAGUAUUAUAGGAAGGUCUCAGUCAAGCGGCUACUGAAUAAAAGUGUUGCUGAAAGUAUGAAAAUAAAUUCAUCUUUCUUUUUUAUAAUUCAUGAACCCAGAAUGUUCUAAAAAAACUUGCUUUUCAUGUCAUGUUUUGAUUUUAGAAUUCCAAUUUGUUUAUCUAAUACACAAGGAAGUUUGCAUAAGAAAGCAUAUGAAAUAUUAUGUCUACAUUAAUUCAGCAAUUAUACUAAAAAUUUAUUCAAUAGAGGAAACUGGACAGAAUGUCAAUAUAUGACACAAGUGUUUAUUAGUAUUUUUUGUCAGUGAAAAAUAAAUUCAUCAAUAGCAAACUGAAUUAUAGUAUAAUACAGUAUAAAAUAAGGAAUCAGAAUAUUGAUGGUAUAUAUUUUUUCAUUUCCAUAUAAAAUUUGCCAUGAUAUUGAAUUUAAAAAGGUGAGAGAAAUUAAUGUACCCCUCACCUCCCCCAAAAAAAGCACCACAAACUGAAAUGUACAGAUAUUAAUUUAAACAAAAUGUAGUGCUUAUUUCGGGAGGUAGAAUUUUUAUGACUUUCACUCUAUUUUUCUAUAUUGCUUGAAUUUUUUUUAUGAGAAUAUAUUCCCUUUUAAAUAAAAACAAAACUUCUUCAUUUUGAACAGAAAAAAUUGUACAAGAUUCUGGGAUACAAUAAAGUUCAUAAAUAGUGAUUUUCUUAUUUUGUAUCUUUGUAUUUUGGGGAUCCGAACAGCACUCAUUCACAUAUACGUAUAUGGGCCAUUUUAAUAUUGUUUAUAUUUAGAUCAGAAUUUCAAAAGUAUCAGUUAAGUCAUCUUCAAACUUUCAAAUUUAUACAUGGAGGUUAGAUACAAGAAAAUAAUCACUUCCCCUUCAACUCAGACUUUCUAAUAAUGAGUUUGAGAUAAAAUGGUAACCUUGGAAAUAAUUACAAUAUUUAAGAAAUACUGGCUUUUUUCUUGUCAUUGCUUUUUAACCUUGAGCCAUUUGCGUUUUCCACUCUCUUUCCAAUAACUCAUAAUCCAAUAAUUGCUCCUCUUCUUUGUCUCCACUAUAUUCAGGCCAGUAUCUUUCACUAAGACUUUGCAAAAGCCUUUCAUAUUGCCCCACUUCCUUUCCCCCUUUUUAAUCUCAAUUUUACUAACUUCAAACUAGAAUGAUCUUCCUAAAUUUGACCAUGCCAUGCCCUAUGAAAAAAACCCUCAGUAGGGACCUUCUUUCUACUUCCAAAGGGUGAUGUAGUAGGUAUUGGCAAGUCCAGUUGCAACAAGCAGGAGAAACAAUUCCAUCCUCAUUUUUCUGGUAAAAUCUCCUUCCUUUCAUAUGGGGGACUCAAUACAGGUGGCGUGGGUGGCAUACUCUGGACGUUCACAAGAUGUAGGCCUAAAAAAAUCCUUUGUUGGAUUUACUUAUUUCCAUGCCUGUAUAUUUCUACUACAAACUUCUAACAGCAGGGAUUGCCUCUGUUUCUUAAAUGAAAGCAAGAUGUACUCAAAGUUCAGAAUGUUAAGUAACUCCUCCUUAAUAAAGCAAAUACUAUACUUAAAUAAUGGGAAUUUAUUGGCUCAUGGUUUUGAGGCUAGAAGUCCAUGUGAAGGCAUCAUCAAGGUGUUGCUCUUUCCAGAGACUGCUGUUCUGGGGGCUGGGUGAUGGCAAUCCUUGGUCCUUGGUUCCUGUUUCAUGGCAAUCAAUGCACAUGACCACCUCUGCCUUCUCUUCUGGGAUUCAUUAACUUUCAGCUUUUGGCCGCUCCCUCUGAGGCUUUCUCUGCAUUUCAUUCUGCUUAUAAGGGACCCCAGUAAUAGGAU